AUGCUUGAACUGGCUUCGCCCCGUGCUUUGGACCUCGGGCCUCACUUCUCCUCCAGGGACCCCAAGUGCUCCUGCCCCACUGGCGGCUCCUGCAGCUGCGCUGGCUCCUGCACCUGCAAAGCCUGCAGAUGCACCUCCUGCAAGAAGAGCUGCUGCUCCUGCUGCCCCGUGGGCUGCGCCAAGUGUGCCCAGGGCUGCGUCUGCAAAGGGGCCUCGGACAAGUGCAGCUGCUUUGCCUGA